CACGCCCAUUAGGCUUAAAGUGUAGUGGGCUAAAAUUCGAAUCUUGUCUCAGAUCUCAGACUCAGUUGGAUUUGUGAAGGCUGCUAUAGUACCCAAACUAAAAGAUGGAGACAGUUCACCAGAUUGCAUCUCUUGUCUACGGUGCUCUCAGCUGCUUUUACUUGUUCUUCAUAAUAAGGAGCAACUACCGCCAUCUUAAAGCACUCUUCAAAAUACUGCCCCUCUUUGCACUACUGUUCUGCCUCAUCUCUGUUAGUAUGAAAUACGCUGCUCCUUUUAACAUAAAGUCUCCAUACUACGUUCAGAAACUCUCCAUGGUAACAAUGGGUGUUAUAUUCUCUCUAAUGGGUGACAUAUAUCUCUGCUAUAAAUCGCUUUUUAUGUAUGGGAUCUUGUCCUUUGCAGUUGCUCAAGGCUUUUAUGCCUUCACUUUUUCUGAUGAAGGCUUCCUCUUUACUCAAGUCCGUUCUCCAGAGCUAAUCAGCCUUCUUUGUAUUGGUUGUAUCUCUAUUGCCAUAUACGCUUAUCUUGUUUCAAAGAUGACGUGUGGCCUAUCAGUCCUUGCCUUGAUUUACACAAUCCUCAUAACGUUGAUGGCGUGGUCUGCUGUUAUGCAAGUACAGAAAUAUGUCUCUGUGGUUACACUGGCUGGUGGUGUGGGGGCUUGUCUUUUCUAUGUUUCCGAUGUGACGAUCUCGAUGAAUUUGUGGAGAGGACCUCUUUCGAGUUUUCUUGCUAAAGAGUUUGUCAUGAUCACUUAUUACGCAGCACAGCUCCUGAUAGUCUUUUCACACAUUUACAAUGAUUGACACAUUUGUGAACUGGAUUAU